GCGGGAUCGCUCGGCUUCCGCGUUCGGGCCUGGCGCUGUGUUAGAGGCGGCGGCGGUGGCGGUUGUGGGGGCGAGGGGCACGGGCUACGGGCAUGGACGUUUCGGGGCAGGAGACCGACUGGCGUAGCGCCGCCUUUCGGCAGAAGCUGGUCAGCCAAAUUGAGGAUGCCAUGAGGAAAGCUGGUGUGGCCCACAGUAAAUCUAGCAAGGAUAUGGAGAGUCAUGUGUUCCUGAAGGCCAAGACCCGGGAUGAAUACCUUUCCCUUGUGGCCCGGCUCAUUAUCCAUUUCAGAGAUAUUCAUAACAAGAAAUCACAAGCUUCUGUCAGUGACCCCAUGAAUGCACUGCAGAGCCUUACUGGUGGACCCACUGCAGGAGCAACUGGGAUUGGCAUGCCUCCUCGGGGCCCAGGACAGUCCCUAGGUGGGAUGGGUGGCCUUGGCGCCAUGGGACAGCCAAUGUCCCUCUCCGGGCAGCCACCCCCUGGAACCUCUGGGAUGGCCCCCCAUGGCAUGGCUGUGGUAUCUGCAGCAACUCCACAGACUCAGCUGCAGCUCCAGCAAGUGGCAUUGCAGCAACAGCAGCAGCAGCAGCAACAGCAGCAGUUCCAGCAACAGCAGGCAGUGGCACUGCAACAGCAGCAACAACAGCAGCAGCAGCAACAACAGCAAUUCCAGGUACAACAGAAUGCCAUGCAGCAACAGUUCCAAGCAGUAGUGCAGCAGCAGCAGCAUCUCCAGCAGCAGCAGCAGCAACAGCAGCAGUUCCAGCAACAGCAGGCAGUGGCACUGCAACAGCAGCAACAACAGCAGCAGCAGCAACAACAGCAAUUCCAGGUACAACAGAAUGCCAUGCAGCAACAGUUCCAAGCAGUAGUGCAGCAGCAGCAGCAUCUCCAGCAGCAGCAGCAGCAACAGCAGCAGCAACACCUGAUUAAGUUGCAUCACCAAAGCCAGCAACAACAGAUCCAACAGCAGCAACUGCAGAGGAUGGCACAAUUGCAGCUGCAGCAGCAGCAACAGCAGCAACCUUUGCAGGCCCAACCACCAAUGCAGCAGCCACCAAUGCAGCAGCCACAGCCUCCCUCUUCUCAGGCCCUACCCCAGCAGCUGCAACAGAUGCAUCAUCCACAGCAUCACCAGGCACCUCCUCAGGCCCAGCAGUCCCCAGUUGCUCAGAACCAAGCACCACAACUCCCACCACAGUCACAAAGCCAGCCUUUGGUGUCACAAGCACAAGCCCUCCCUGGACAAAUGCUGUAUGCUGCUCAACAGCAGCUGAAAUUUGUCCGUGCUCCGAUGGUGGUCCAGCAGCCGCAGGUGCAGCCCCAGGUGCAGCAGGUGCAGCCCCAAGUGCAACAGCAGGCGGCAGUGCAGACAGCACAGGCUGCCCAGAUGGUAGCUCCCGGCGUCCAGAUGAUUGCUGAAGCCUUGGCCCAAGGCGGGAUGCACGUAAGAGCUCGGUUCCCGCCCACCUCCACCAUGUCUGCUGGCCCGUCAAGCUCCAUCUCUUUGGGCGGACAGCCCACAGCACAGGUCAGCCAAAGCAGCCUCACCAUGCUGUCCUCACCAUCGCCGGGCCAGCAGGUGCAGACCCCACAGUCGAUGCCCCCUCCUCCACAGCCCUCCCCACAACCUGGCUCACAGCCCAACUCCAAUGUCAGCUCCGGCCCUGCCCCAUCCCCCAGCAGCUUCCUGCCUAGCCCCUCACCACAGCCUUCUCAGAGCCCAGUGACAGCACGCACCCCACAGAACUUCAGCGUCCCCUCCCCUGGACCUUUAAACACCCCUGUGAACCCCAGCUCUGUCAUGAGCCCAGCUGGUUCCAGCCAGGCUGAAGAACAACAGUAUCUGGACAAGCUGAAGCAGUUGUCCAAGUACAUUGAGCCCCUGCGACGCAUGAUCAACAAGAUCGACAAGAAUGAAGACAGAAAAAAGGACCUCAGUAAGAUGAAGAGCCUGCUGGACAUUCUCACUGACCCCUCUAAGCGGUGUCCCCUGAAGACCUUGCAGAAGUGUGAGAUUGCCCUGGAGAAACUCAAGAAUGACAUGGCAGUGCCCACACCCCCACCACCCCCAGUUCUUCCAACCAAACAGCAGGACCUGUGCCAGCCACUCCUAGAUGCAGUCCUGGCCAACAUCCGUUCACCUGUCUUCAACCAUUCCCUGUACCGCACAUUCGUGCCCGCCAUGAUGGCCAUCCAUGGCCCACCUAUUGUGUCCCCAGUGGUAUGUUCCCGGAAGCGCAGAUUUGAGGAGGACGAGCGGCAGAGCAUCCCCAAUGUACUGCAAGGUGAAGUGGCCAGGUUGGACCCCAAGUUCCUGGUGAACUUGGACCCUUCUCACUGUAGCAACAACGGCGCUGUCCACCUGAUCUGCAAGCUGGUUCUUGUGUUCCAGAUGACAAGGACCUCCCUAGUGUGCCACCACUGGAGCUCAGUGUGCCUGCUGACUACCCUGCUCAGAGCCCGAUGUGGAUCGACCGUCAGUGGCAGUAUGAUGCCAACCCCUUUCUGCAGUCAGUGCACCGGUGCAUGACCUCCAGGCUGCUGCAGCUUCCCGACAAGCACUCUGUCACAGCCCUGCUCAACACCUGGGCCCAGAGCAUCCACCAGGCCUGCCUCUCAGCUGCCUAGCAAGCUGAACUUGAGGACCAGCGGCAACCCCUGCUGCGGAGUUCACACCACUACCAUAUGUUACUGGGGGUUGGCUUCCUAGAGGGCCUGGCUUAGGCUAGCUUUCCUGCUUUUUCUUCUGUCUUGGGACUGUCAGAUGUUUCCCCAUGCUUGUGCAGUAUUGAUCAGGGAGCUGUGGAGCUGAUGAGGGCCUGGGGUGUUCCCAGGAAGGCUUCCCAUUGAUUUCUUCCAGAAGUCAGGCCCAACACUUCCUACAGCCAUGCUUCCUACAGCCUUCCUGGACUCCCUGUCCACUGAGCAGCAUGAGAACUCAGGUCCAAUCUAAGCGUCUCUGUCACAGUACAUUGUACUUGUGUCUGGAGAAUGUCGAGGACAUAGGAAACUCUCACUAUACACACAGUUCUCCAGUCACAGUGUGGGGUUCAGGUUGUCCCUCAUAAGGUACAUGGACACCUCACUAUGAAUACUUCUGAAUCUAGGGCCCAGGUUUCAGUUUGAAGGAAAGGCCAGUAAGGCAGCGGCAGCAGCAGGUUCUCUGCUGCUAGCAGGACCUCAGCUUCAUGGAUCUCCUCAGUGCUGUGAGAAGGACCAGCUGGGGCGGGGGCUGCCCCUGACAUUCCUUUGCCACUCUUGGGUGAAGGGCCUUUGUCAGUGCUGUGAGACAUGAGCAGCUGGUCAGAUACGGUCAUUGGGACCCACAGCCUCAGAACACCGUAUUCUUAUUAUCUGUACCGCCACCAGAAGCAUGGGCUUCCUUCAGAACGCUGCCCUAAGGCACUUGCCACGCUGGGCUGUAAUGGGUAGCGCUCUGGUGAAAAGAAAUUCCCCCUUUUUAUAUGUGCACUACUCUGUUAUAUGAUUCUUAUAAUAAAUUUAUUAUUCCUGUGUUUGUCAGGA